AUGGAAGUAAACAGGGACGAAGCGGAGCGCUGCAUCGACAUCGCCACCGCGGCGCUGACCGACAACCAGCCGGAGAAGGCGCAGAAGUUCCUGGAGAAGGCGCAGAGGCUCUUCCCGACGGAGAAGGCGAAGGUACUACUGGAGCUAAUAGAGAAGAAUGGAUUUACACCUCGACAAGGCGGCCACUCAGACUCCAGUGGGGGCUCAGGGCCUCGACAGCGGCAGAGCAACAGCGAGGAUACCAGGCCUGAAGAAAAGUCUUCAGACACCUCAAAAUCCUACACGCCAGACCAGCUAGAUGCUGUGAGGAGGAUAAAACAAUGUAAAGACUUCUAUGAAAUACUCGGGGUCAAGGCAGACGUCUCCGAGGACGAACUCAAAAGAUCAUACAGAAAACUUGCCUUGAAGUUCCAUCCAGACAAGAAUCACGCUCCUGGUGCUACAGAGGCGUUUAAAGCUAUUGGAAAUGCGUAUGCUGUUCUGAGUAAUGCUAACAAAAGGCGACAGUAUGAUCAAUACGGAGAAGAGAAGAGGCAUCCUUCAAGACACAGCCCAGACAAUGGGAACUUUGAGCCAGAUAUUUCACCCGAAGACCUCUUUAACAUGUUCUUUGGAGGAGGUUACCCGUCAAGUAAUGCUAAUGUGUACACAAAUGGGCGGAUGCGUUACCAAAGGCGAGAUAGGAGAGAGCGACAGCGGGAUGGAGGCCUUGCUCUCUUCGUGCAGGUCAUGCCCAUCCUCAUCCUUGUUAUUGUGUCGGCCCUCAGUCAGAUCAUGGUCAACAACCCCGCGUACAGCCUCAGCUUCAGGCCGUCAGCAGGAUACACACAGAAGAGGCUGACCCAGAACCUGAAGGUGCCAUAUUAUGUGGGGGAUCAGUUCUCCAGAGAGUUCACGGGACUGAAUUUGAAGAACUUGGAGCGGACGGUGGAGGAUGAUUAUGUUUCUAGCCUUCGCAACAAUUGCUGGAAAGAGAAACAACAGAAGGAGGGCAUGCUUUACAGAGCUCGCUAUUUUGGAGACAACGAUCUCUACCAAAGAGCACAGAGGGCUCGCACACCAAGCUGCGCCAAGCUGUCCGAGAUCACAGCUUCACUACAUGGUUGAUGCUGCUUUCAUAAGGGUCCAGAAUCAACAUAAAAGAUUAUUGGCUGUAAAUAGAUGCUUUAACAUUCUGGAUACUGAAGAUGACUCAACAAGCAACACAAACAAACCAGCACCAAAUGCAUCAAAUUGACCACACAAACUGGUUGAAGCCAUUUCUGUGGAACUUUAGUAUGGGAAAUUAAAAUAUAUUGUUAAUAUAAUGUUUUGAAAUAGGGGAAAACAACUUAAAAUAGCUUGUUCCCCUGACGAGAUUGGUUGGGGUUUGGAAAAACUCCAAGCCCUAGUUUGACUGGGAGCCAUGAAGCUUGCAGAGGUCACUUUAUGGUUUUGC